AUGGCACCAGCUGAGUUAAGAGAGUUAAAGGAGCAAUUACAGGAUCUUUUGAGUAAGGGUUUUAUCAAAUUGAGCUUCUCCACUUGGGGUGCUCUCAUGCAAUUUGUGAAGAAGAAUGAUGGGACGAUGCAGAUGUGUAUUGAUUACUGCCGGUUGAACAAGGUCACCAUUCAAACUUUCAUGGAUUUGAUGAAUGGCAUUUUCAAGACAUACAUGGAUUCCUUCAUCAUAGUCUUCAUCGAUAACAUCUUAAUGUAUUCAAAGAUUGAGGAAGAACAUGAGCGUCAUAUGAGAAUUGUUCUUGGGUUAUUAAAAGUUAAGGAGCUUUAUGGCAAGUUUUCUAAGUAUUUGGGCAGGGUUCUAGUAUGUGUUGAGGCGAGGUCGUCUCUCUUGGAGCAGAUCAGGGCACAACAAUUUAAUAAUGCUAAGUUAUGUACGAUUCGUGAUAAAGUGUUGAAUGGUGAGGCCAAGGAGGUCGUUCUUGAUGAUAAAGGGGUCUUGAGGAUCAAGGGAUGUGAGUACGUUCCUUGUGUGGGUGGUCUGAUUUUUUUUAUAUUAGAGGAGGCUCAUAGUUCCAGGUCUGCUCAUUUCAUCCCAGCUCCGAUUACUUAUAAUGCUGAGAAGUUGGCUAAGAUAUACAUGGGGUUCCUGUUUCUAUCAUUUCUGAUCGAGGGACUCAGUUUACCUCCAAUUCAUGCUUUAUAUGAUAGGACGUGUCGUUCUCUGCUUGGGUGGUUUAAUGCUUUUGAGGUUAGACCUUGGGGUACAGAUUCGCUGAGGGAGUGUUUGGACAUGGUGAAGCUAAUUCAGGAAAAGCUUCUGGCAGUUCAAAGUAGGAAAAAUGUGUAUGCGGACCAGAAGGUUCGAGAUUUAGAGUUUAUGAAGGUGGAUUAUGAGUUAGCCUUGCCACUAGGCUUGUUAGGUGUUCAUUCGGUAUUUCAUGUUUCCAUGCUGAAGAGGUACCAUUUAGACUGUUCUUAUACUAUUUGUUGGGACUUCGUGUUGCUUGAUGAGAAUUCGUCUUAUAAGAAUGAGCCUAUAGCGAUCUUGGAUAGGCAAGUGAGGAUGUUGAGGUCAAAGGAGAUAACUUCAGUUAAGGUGCGAUGUAAGCACCGACUUGUGUAUGAGGCCACAUGGGAGAUCGACUUUGAUAUUCGUACUAGAUAG